AACAAAACACAUGGUUUAAUUGAUCGUAUGCUUGAACAGCCACCAUCGUCCGGUACUGUUCUUGCAUUGAUAAAUGCCGUUUAUUUUAAAGGUGAAUGGUUGAAACCAUUUAUUCCAAGUAAUACCGUACAAGGUUCAUUCUAUGAUCAUCAAGGUCAUGAAUAUAAAAAUGUUGAAUAUAUGAAUGGAGAAGGUCCAUUUGGAUAUGCUGAAAUUAAACAAUGGAAUUCCGAUCUAAUUAAAAUGCCAUACAAAGGUGAAGAUGUUGCCUUCUACGGUAUAUUACCACGUGAACGUAAUUUUGAUCUAAGUAAAAUUCGUCAAUCAUUAAAUUCAUCUUAUAUUGAUGAAAUUGUUGGCCAAAUUAAUGAUGAUCAAUCAUCAACUGUUUAUUUUCCAAAAAUUGAACUCAGUACAUCAUAUCAAUUACCCGAAAUCUUAAAAUCAAUGGGCAUUCAAGAUGUUUUCACUGAAUCGGCUGAUCUUUCUGGUAUCAGUGGUAAUAAAUCAAUGAAAAUCGAUGAAGCCAUUCAUAAAGCCAAAUUAAUUGUCAAUGAACAAGGAACUGAAGCUGCUGCCAGUACCUAUAUUCAAAUAGCUCUUAUGUCAUCUUUUAGAGAAUCAAAAAUUUUCCGUUUUGAUCAUCCAUUUUUGUAUUUUAUUCGACAUCAAACAACCGGUCAGAUUUUGUUCCUUGGUGAAAUUCAUAAUUUUUAAAUAAUAAUAAAAAAAAAGAUCACCAUCAAUGUUAUACAUCAAAAUCCCAUUCCCUAAAUGAAUAAAUUGAAAUAAAUAAUUGUUGUUUUUU